AUGAGCAAUCAUCGAAACGAAUGGCACGAGUGGUGGACAUACCUGUCGUCGCGAGAGAUAGAGAUCCCACGCGAAGACAAUCCACGUGAAGAUGAGGACAGAGAGGAAGAUGUUUGCGGGCGUCCAGCAGGUGGUGACCAAAUCGGUGAGCAGUUGGUGACCGAAGCCGCCGCUCAGGAGGGCGUGUCGUGUGGCCGAAGACAUGGCGUCGUUGACAAUAGCCUACACUCAGAGACUUGUCUUCACUAUCACUGCAACGGAUCCACGAGUCUAUCGAUUUUGGAUUCUUUACGGAAGUACAGCCUCUCUUUGUGUUCACUUCUAUGUCUCAACACAUGUCUUCGGAAGCAAUGCGUCGCCGAAGAGGUCGCAAAAAGUCGGACAACAAGUCUCCUGAAAGCAGUUCUUCUUCGCCACAAACCACUCGACUUCCGAGGAAUGAGUGCUUCCGGCGGUCCGUCAUCGUCGCCAUCGGUCGCCGCUAUGAACCGUUUCGACAUCCACUCCAUAACCCAUUUGAGGGAUAAUUUGCAGGCACUCGACGGUCACGUGGACAGUAACGCCAUUAGGACGGCUGUGGAGACCUCGCGAGUGAUGUACGACGAGAUGUGCAGCACUGGGGCCGAGUGGGUGCCGACCCCCACACCUAUAGAGCGCGAGGUUCUGGUUCGGCGGUACAGCCCUUACCGGGUGUUCGAUGAGCGCCGAUUUGGCGGCGGCGGUGCUGUUGUGGCGCUGAGACAGGCGUUGAAGGCAUUGCAAGAGGAAUGGUAUCCUCAGCCCACCCCUCCCUCUCAGCCUCCUAUCGGUCUGUCGUCCGCAGCGCCCUCUCCAGCAAACAAAGCUGAUGACGAAGACGGCGGUCGUGUGUCACCACUGGAAGCGCUCGACGAAAGCGUGCGAUCGUUGACCAUCGAUGGCCUGUUGACCGACAGUGACAGCCCUUCCGGUGCGGACACCGAUGACAGUAAUAAGACGCAAGAGAUGUCCUUUCCUGUUAAAAACUAUUUGACCGCCAAUUCUGAACUUGCGGAAAACUCUACACAUUUAGAGUUUCUAAGCAUGAAUUCAACGAAUUAUACGAUUAAUGGCACCGAGUUAUCGGAUAUUAAAUUGACGCCACUAUUGAAACAAAUUCAUGACUAUCUCAUUGUGUUUCUACUUAUUUGUGUGAUGUUUGCUAUGGGAUGCUCUGUUACUUAUGAACAAGUAUGGGGUCAUCUGAAAAAACCUUUUGCCGUAAUCGUUGGACUGAUAGCACAGUUUGUUAAUUCUGGCGUGUUGCCCAGUAUAACAAUGACUACAUUGGCAACAAUUGUGGCCCUUUUGGCGAUGCCGUUGAAUAUAUGGGUUUACGGCAGGAGUUUAGAGACUGACAUCGUUGCUGGUGUGUUGUCUGGAUUGGCAAUCGUGUUGUUUUGCCAAACUCUGGAGAUCUUCAUAUUUCCGGACAUAUUUUCUGACGUUCCCCUCUCGCUGUACGUCGCCGUCAUUGUGCUGCCCGUAAUAGGUCUGGCCGUGGGUUACAUAAGCGCCCGAGUAUUUUGUCUCAAAAAAUACAUUUGCCGCACAAUUGCCAUUGAAAUCGGCAUUAAGAAUGUGGGAACAGCUCUCACUAUAGUCUCGCUUUCAUUCCCAUUUGAGCAAUUACGUAAGGCCUGGCUCUUCCCAUUUCUCUAUGCCUUCUCAUCGCUGGGAAUCCUAAUCAUAGCCACCGCUUACCACCGAUUUAUUGAAGUAUUUUGUGUCCAAUCGCCACAACUGCCCGAAGACAAGGACCCGACAUUUGCUCAGAAACUAUUGGAAAAUGACAACGAGAAUGUCCAAUCGCCACAACUGCCCGAAGACAAGGACCCGACAUUUGCUCAGAAACUAUUGGAAAAUGACAACGAGAAGCCCAUUGUAAUCAUUCGCUCCAAAGAAUCCGAUUAUAAACACAAUAAUGUAUUAAAAAUGAAGGACAAGUUCAGGGAUGACUUUGCCUAA